UACGGUACAUCCAGUUAAGUGCACAUUCAAUUAUACAAAUCUCAGGACACUUCUCAGCAACACAGGCUAUGCAGAAAUGGACAACUGUACAACUACAGCAGCUUCCUGUCUCAGCCCUGAAGAAUCAGAGCAAGUGCAGGACUGUCUUCUAUGGCGAAGAGGGUUCACCUCCAGUAUCUGGGAAUGUGUGUGCUUCUGCUGCAUCUCUCACAUGGGGAUAAAGUGGCUUCCAUCAACACACCUCUAGGGGAGAAUGUUACGCUGCACUGUAACACAUCAGGGAUGGAUAUAACUAACAUCAGAUGGAUAAAGGAUGGGAUCAAGGUGUUUACAUAUAGCCCAGUAUUGGAGGGCAACCCCAAAAACAAAUACACUUCAGAAAGGAUGAGUGUUGCUGCUCCUCAUGAUGUACUGCAUAUAUCCGAUGUGCAUGUAUCAGAUGAGGGAAUAUACACAUGUGAAGUAGCAACCCCUGAACAACACAAGACAGACUCAUGGAACCUGACUGUUACUUCAGUAGUCCCACCAGAUCCAUCCCAAUCCCACUGGAUCAACGUCAUCACUGCUGCCUCAGGGACAAUCAUCGUCUCCAUCAUCAUCUGUAGCAUGUUAUGCAUUUACAGGUUUUGUGACAGCUUUGAAUUCUCUAACCUGCACAAAGUCGCCAUGCUUGAAUCUGAAGAUGUCAUGACAGAAGUGUUUAUCUCAGCUAAGCAACAAGGUACCAUCAGCAGUAAAACAUCCCUGGAUGUAUGAUGAAUAAAUGAUUAAAUUUCAAAUAAAAAUAUUUUU